AUGGAGCCGAGUUCACCUUCAGAAUGUGAUUCACGUUUGAAACCCGGCCAACUCCUUUGGAAUUAUGAAUUCCGCCGCAUAAACCAGAUGUUGACCGCGCGCCUCCUGCAGACAAAAAGAACAGUCGAUGAAGCCGAAGACGUCAACGAAUUGCUAUGCCAGAGUCUGAAAGACCUUGUCGGUAUGAUGAGCUCAUUGAUGACAACCAACACAAACCCAGAUCAACGUGACCAGUCUCAGGAGGUACGCAAGCUACAACGCCAGUUCAAACGCACCUUGAAGGCAGUGAAGAAAUACACAAAGGCGACGAAUGAAAAGAGCGAGGCAAUGCUCACCUGCACUACUGAAAUCAAUUGUCUUUGCAAGCAGCUGAAAGAAAAAGAAGCAAACAAAAUGACCAAGACAGGAAUCAAACUUGAAUCUCCAGAUGAUACUAUCAGCACAGACACAGCUCAACCCCAGCGAACUCCAGGCCAAUCUGCCCCCACAAACCAGUACAUCAAAGAGAAAGGACAAGAAGAAGCUCUUAGCAAUGCUGAAAUCGAGCAUCAGCUGAAGACAAGAAUGAAACAAAACGGCCGCUGUCUUGAAUUCUAUUUCGAGGCAGCAAAGCUUUACCGUCAACGCGUACGCGCACUGCAGCCAAAUAAUACCAUUGACCAUAUCACUUCCUUCAUUGCCGGCCUGGAUAACAAUCUCUACCGCCGUCGUAUUGUUCACUGGCUGAGACAGGAGAAGUAUGAAUGGCCGUGGCUUGAGCAUAUGGUCCGCUUUAUCGUCUUCGAGGAGAAAUACUUUGCGAAGCAGGAGUAUGCGCUUGCGCACCAGUUUGAGGAUGGGUCGGUUCAGUUGCCAGAUGGGACGAGGCAGCACCGGUUUGUCAUUCUUCAGCCUAUUACCGCGGAGGACUUGACAACUUCCGGGGAGGAGUGA